AUGAGCAACGCGGUGAUGGAUUAUUUCGAUAAAGAUGAUUUAGACUUGAAAAAGCUUUUGUCUGUAACUACCGACGGUGCACCAGCGAUGGUUGGGGCCAAAAAAGGACUAGUUCACCUAUUGAGAACCAAUGCAAAAUGUAAUGAAAAUUUGUUUUCUUACCACUGUAUCAUACAUAAAACUGUGCUUUGCUGCAAACUCAAUCCUAAUCUUGAGAGUAUUAUGCAAGAAGUGAUCAAAAUAAUAAAUUUUCUUCGUGCAAAAUCAUCACUGAAACAUCGUGAAUUAAAAAUAUUUCUUGACGAAGUUGAUGCACAAUAUGACGAUCUAUUGUUGCAUAAUAAUGUGAGAUGGUUAAGCAAAGGCUGCGUUUUACAACGAUUCUUCGCCAUUUUAGAAGACUUGAAGACAUUUCUGUUCAACUUUGAUCAGAUUUUGACAAACACCUAC